UAUGGAGGUCGGUGUCAUACCUUGCAGAGUGUAAGUGUGAACUUGUUACAAUUAUAAAUUCAAUUUUAUAUCUCUUUUAAAUGGUUUUUGAGUCUUAAUUUAUUAUUUUCAAAGUAUUUUUCUGUUGACAUCCUGAAAUAAUGUAUUCUCUUCAAAUUAAAUGAGGAGACAUAGUUUAUAAAUUCAUGUUCAAAUGCUGGGUUGUUGUUUUUUAAAGGAUACCGGUAUUUUCCCAAUAUUUAUAUAUUUUUUUAUUUAAACUUCAAAAUAAAGGACAGUUAUUAAAACAAAUUCUAUUCAUUUUACACCUUUUUUUUUUAUCUAGAUGAGAGCAAAAACAAAAUACUAUUUUUAAAAAUGUGUAAAAUUGCACUAAAAUAAGUAUUUCAAAUGAAUAAUUAUAAUAUUGCAAAAGCAUUGGAUUUUAAAUGUUGUAGUUAUAAGAUUUAAAUUAGGUUUUUGGGAGAAUAAAUUUAAAUUCUAACAAAUUUAGAUUUUAAGAGAAUUUCACAAAAAAAUUAAUCACAAAUAUAUUGUUAUUCAUUGAUAGCCUUAUAAAAGUUGCUAUCUUUUAUUGCUUACAAAGACGUUUAGCUUCUGUAUUGAAUUGCCUGUUCAAAAAAAUGUUUAGGGAGUGAGUAAAAUAUAUUUGAAAUGAUAGAAAAAUAAAUGCAUUGAUCUUUCUGCUUGCAGCUAAAUGAAACUAAAAAAGAUUUGAAGAUUGUCAUUGCCAUCAUCUCCAUUGUGUGUGUGAUAAUCCUUUUGCUGGUGCUUUUCCUUUUGCUGAAAGUCUUUAAAAAAAAUAAAAACAACAAUGAAAAAUCAAACUCACGUAAGUAGAGUGUUGGGUUUUAGAUUAACAAAUGAAGAGAAAUAAUUUUUUUAAAAACCUUGAUAAAGAGGGGGUGGUAAGGAAUUUAGGCAGAGGAUGGAGAUGGUUAGAGGAAAGGUAGAUUAGGCCAGUGAUGGUAAGUGAAGAUGGCAAGUUGGGUCAGUGAAGAGUUGGUAGAGAAGGGGGCGGGAAGGGUAAUUUGAGUUAGAACAACUAAAUGAGAAGUUUUGUCUCACAAGUACAGAAGAGGGUGGGAGAGUGAAGGGAUAAAGAAAGGCCAUUGCAGUGAGAGGUUAAAUGUUGAAAUUGAGAGAGAAGUGGGGUUUUGGAAAAAAUAAGAGUUAGGUAGAGGUUGAGUGUGGGAUGUAAUCAGACAAGGUCUGGAAGUGAGCUUAAAUGGUUGAGAUAAUUCAAAUCAUUCACUAAGUUUACUCAUGGAUGGAUUGUUUUUCAGGAAACAUAAAAUUAAUUUUUAAAUAAAUAUUUAUUUUUAAUUUUAACUAAGAGCCCAUGAAAAUUUAACAAUAAAAUAAAUUUUUGAUUUUAAUAAAUGUGAUUUAUAAAUUUUAUUAUCAACAUAUUUUAUUGUAUUACUGUCAAAAUACAAAUGAAAUACAGAGAGGAUUUCAUUAAGGUUGAAGCAAUAUAAAAUAUACACAGGGUAGAGGAAAACCUUAAGAAGGACACAAAAAUAGUGGAUGUUUCUGCCAAGAAGCCUGCCAUCAACAGCAGAAUACAGACAGACUUAGCUCUUGUAUACAUAUGUAGUUGGCAAGAAAUAACAAAAUACAAAUGACAGUGCAUGAUAGAACAUGUAUAUUUGUUUGAAAUGGAGAGAAAAUACUGUGAUCUGAGAACAAAGAGACUGUUGAUUUUUGGGUUACAAAAAUGUUCAACUUAGUAAAGAUAAUUUUUUUCCAUUUUAAAAAAGCCCAUUAAAACAAUGCACUUUUUAUAGAGAUGCUUCCUUCUUCUUCUCAUUAUAACUGUGUUUAAUAUAAGAAUUCUUAUCAAUCGCAGUCAUUGGUGUGAAUCUCAAGUGGCACACCUGGCAUAAUGGGUGGUGCUAAUUCAUUUUCUUGUGGUCUAAUUUAGGUAUUUCUCUUUGAAAUGACCUGGAAGUUUCAAACUUUUCACACUGAGUACAUUCUCCCUCCAAUUUUAGAAUUGAACAUUUCGGGUAUCCUACUUCUGUCGUAACUGUAAAGUCCAUCUGCCCAAAAAAAAUGAAUGAAUCAGAUGGCUACUUAUUGGUAAAUUUGUUAACUCAACAACUCCCUCCUCUUCGCUUAUCUACUUCAGCAAAACAAGCUCAAGGAGAUCUUGAUUGUUUGGCUCCUGAGAGUGGCAUUCCUAACAUUGGUAAAUACCUUCUUUUGUCCCUUAAAAUUUAAUCAUUAUUCAAGCUAUGACUUCUUGAAAGCUUUGUGUGACAUAAUGCUUGUUCAAAUGCAAGCAUUCCAAGGUGUGUCAAUUUACUGUAUGUUAAUUACCUGUUUUGACAUAAAAUUUGUCCCAAAAGACUCUAUCUUGACCUUGUCAUAUACUUUCUUAUCAAGUUAUCAAGAUAGCCGGUACGAUAUUCUGAUAUCCGAUGUUCAGUUCUUCAUCAUUUUAUUAUAGUAAAUUAUUUGACACACACCAAUCUAAGGAUUUUUGCACACAAAAAAAGAGAAGUUAUUUUUUGUUUUUUAAAUCAUUUGUUUCAAGGCAUUAGGGAGAAGCCUGAAAGUUAUUAUGUUGUAAAGCUUUUAUUUAACUUGAUUUAUGUAUUUAUUUAGGCAUUUUUAUAUAGCGCUUACCUUAAAGCUCUAAGCGCUUUACAAUUAUUAAAAACAUGUAAACUAACUACAAUAAAAAUGAGACAUUAGGAUAGUAACUACUAUACUAUAGAAACAAUUAAAAUGGCUAUAAAACGAGGAUUUGUGUUGGGUUUGUUGGUUAUGAGACCAUGAUGAGCCAUGCAUGCAGGGCAUGUAGUUAAUGAGUUAAUAUCUGGCCUUAAAAUGUGAGACGGAGGAGAAUAUUUUGGGGCAGUUAAGUUUUAUAAGGAUGCAGAAUUUUUUUUAGUUGCAGUCAGAUUUAGUGGAUGCCUCCUUGUAUUACAGUUGAAUCUGUGAGACAGAUAUUUACCUAGCAACAAAAAAUGAAUUUAAUUAUGGAGAUGUAGCGUUUGACAUAAUUACCACUUAAAUGGCUUUAUAAAUAAUGAAAUAUAUAUAUUUAUAAUUGAAUUUUUUCCAUUGACUCAAAGAAUUGAUUUAAAAUAUACUUCAUCAUAUAUCAUGUAUCUCAAUAAUAAUAAAUGAUCAUAAUGCUGCUUAAAUUGAAUGGUAUUUUCAUAGGCUGUAUUACAACUCAGAUAGUCCAGCCUAGAACUAGAAUUGGAAGAACUACUUAAGACAAUGUCUGGAUUUCCUUUAACAGCUUUUUUAAAACCAUUUGAAGGAUAUUAUUAGCUUUCUACAAUGCAAUUUAUUAUUUCCUAAUUGUAGGAGAAACUAAAGAAACCUCUAAAAACAAAGUUUUUCGUAUAAAUCCUUUAUAAAAUAUAAUAUUGAGCCAUGGAGGGUGGGGCUGAACAUUUGAAAAAACAUGCAUUCAAAUAAUGCAUUUUAUAAGAAUCCCAAUAAUGGCCCCCUUCCCCCCACUUUUCAAAACUGCAGAUUUUUUUUCAAGCCCAUGAACUAUAUUAAUAUUCUAAUGAUCCAACUAUUUCAAACAAAAGAAAAUAUUACCACUCACUUUCAAUUUUUUUUUAAAAGAAUCUCAUUUAGUGCAGUCAUCAGGAAUUUCAUUUUCUUUACCUUGAAAAACAGAUGGGGGGGGGGGCGCUGAAAAUUUGAUAGAAUGUGUUGUCAGCGGCAACAAGUCUAUGCGCCAAGUUUCAGCUCAAUAGCUAGACAGGAAGAUUUUGCCAGCCAGUCGGUCAGCAAGCCACCCAGAAACAAAAGCAAAGUUAAUACAAAGGAUUUAAAAAGGGAAUUAUUUUUCAGUUGUCUACAUUCUCCUCUCUUUCCAAAUGAAUUGAUGGGUCUUUCAUCUUAUUUAUCAUUUUUUUUUCUCAUAAGCAUCACUAAAUUUUUAUUUAAAAUUAAUAUUUAUAACUUUCUUCCAUCUUACAGAAAAGGAAAAGACGUGCAAUGAUGUUAACACCAAAGAAUACAUGUCAAGUGCUGAAUACUAUCCACCAUCAUUGCCUCUUGAACCUCAAACUUCAACUAGUCUAUGAUUUUAUAAAAAUCUUAGUGAUUCAAAGAAAACUUAACUAAAAUAUGUCAUAUCACCUUUAUGAAAUAAAACAAAAAUUUUACUAUUUGAAAGAAUAAUUUUUACCUAAACUGGUGCAAGUUUUAUCUUUGAAAUUAAAUUGAAAUCCAGGGUGGAAUCUAUUGUGGUAGAUAAAGUAAUCGAAUGAAUCACCCGCCUGAAUAAAACUGGGGAUAAUACCAACGGUCUCAAAUGCUGGAGGUUAUUCCUUAGACGUAAGAUAUGUUCUGACAUUGACUUGGGUACAGUGAUUCUCACCAGGCUUCUGAUGCUCACAAUGGUAACAGAAAUUCUUUUUCUAGCACAAACACAGCUCUUUCUUAAAUGUCCAAAUAAUAUAUUAGCUUUUGUUUACGCACAAUCAAUCAACUGCUUUUAAAUUACUUAAUUAUUCCUUGCUCUCAAAUACUUGAUUAUUCCUGAAAUGUCCUAUAAACACAACACUCAAGUCCACAGACAUGCAACAACUUCUGCUAACAACUUUAGCCAACAAAAUGUAUCCCUACAAUGGUGUAAUCUCACUAGAUUCAUAUUUUUUUCUUUUAUCUCUCGCUCUACCCUCUCUACUGGUUAUAAAAUAGUCUCAUAUCCCUCUUAUCUUUAUAGUACCGGUUAUACAGAAAACUUAUUAUUCAUCACUCUUGUCUAAGCACCAUUUAGAGAUCUGACUGACAAACAACUCAUCAAUCAUGUUCUCAACAACCCAAACACAACAUUCAAAAACUUAUUUUAAUACCUUGACAGUGGUAUAAUUUCUUAUGCAUUAAGGUGGAUAAUUAAUUUUAAAUUUCAUGUCCAACUUACUGCUGUGUUACAUAAGAGAGCUAAAGUAAAGAUAUUUUCAGGUUCAAUUUUGUAGUUCUAACCAAAUGAUUAAUCCAUCUAUUCCAUUAGUGAUUUAUGUUGAAUUCUUUAGAAUUCUUCCUAAAGUACUGGGCCAGCAACCAGGCAAAGAAAUUUUUUAUUCACCAACAUCCAUAUAGUUGCAAACAACUCCUGCCACUAGCCUCUGCUUCCUUA